AUGCUCGACAUCCGGGAAGGACGAGGGCUUGUCAACCUGGUAGGGUGGCCUCAGCUGAGCAACGGGCGGCCUGUUCUGAUGCAUGUUGCAUCGCUUGAGUAUCACUACAACCGCUCUGUGGCAGCCAACCGCCACAGUCAACUCUGGUUCGCCGAGCUUGGAGGCCGAUCGAUAGAUGGGGUGCAUAGAAUGACCUCGUUCCUGAACGAGGUAUUCCGAGACCUGUGGGUACCGGAGACGGUCGCCUUUAUCUGUCAACAAGUUCGUCGUGGUCUUAACCGCGGCCUCCGCAGUGGUGGUGGUGGUGGGUCACGAAACGACGGCGAUCUGAACAAUGCUGGUAGCCGGGCGAUGGUGGCGUUGGUAGCAUGGGAAGAGGGGGACACUCCAUUCAAAUUAUCACGUUUUGAGAAGCUUUCGGCUGAAGUUCUCAAAUUCGAUGAUCGGUCGAUCGACGAUUCCAAGAUAGUGUUGAAGACACGACGAGACUUUGCUGAGGAGGUGUACGUAGCAUUGAUGGAAGGCGGUAAGAAAGGCCACGCAGGAGUAGAAUCCAUUGCACCGACUCGUUCAACUUGGCCUUCUAUCCUUCGGGCCGCCAUCGAGCACACUAGAGGAGGCUUCGCAACGAGGGCGCAGUGGGUUUCAGGCAUCGCG